GGAAUGUUAAACGUAUUUAAUGGAUAAUCAUUUAAUUUUAUCAAACAAAUCAGUUCAUUUUUGAGUGGCACUGUUGAAAGUCGUGAUUACUAGAGAUGAGGAGCUUCAUCAUCAUCGCGGUGCUAUCAGCACUCGCAGCCAGCUAUGGUACUCCUGUCCUCCCGAGCGGAGAAGAAACGUACCCAGAGUACAAAAUGAUACACAAGUACAAUAAGGAAGAUGAUUUUCAGAACCGGAUCACAAUUCUUAGAGAAGGAAUGAGACAUGAUAACGAUCGCCAGGAUGGACUAGUGUUAUUAGACGAACAGCGGUUCAUAAGGACUGCUAUUCCUGAUGUGAUACAACAUGUGGAUAUCUUAUACUAUGGAAAGCCACCCACGGUGAUAACAACAGUCGAGAUAACAUCAUCGCCACCCCCGUCUUUGGUGUUUCCAGUUUGGCACCUGGAUAAUUAUAUUUCUAUUAGAAUAUCAUCACAAAGAGGUCUUGGAAUGAAUGCGACAGUUCAAAUCUUUGGAACAUUGUAAGGUCGGAGUGAAAAACGAAAAGCAGUUUUAAAUUAUUAUACUUUUAGGUCCAGGUUUAAGCUGAACAGCUGAGUGGAUGUUAUAUGUAAUAUUACACUUAUAAAUGUUAUAUUUAGGUAACUUUUUGUUUGUAUCUAGUAUCUCUAUGACAAAUAUCUCGUCACAGUCAGUUCUAGAGGUAUUAAUAAAUUGUACAUGUACCUGAAUAAAUGAAUAAAAAUUAUUUCGCAUAAGUUCACGUCUUUAA